UUAUUCCGUGUGACCAGGUGGAAAAUGAGCAUCACCGACGUGCUUAGUGCUGAUGACAUUGCAGCAGCCCUGCAGGAAUGCCAAGACCCAGAUACUUUUGAACCCCAAAAAUUCUUCCAGACGUCAGGCCUCUCCAAGAUGUCAGCCAGUCAGGUGAAGGAUGUUUUCCGGUUCAUAGACAAUGACCAGAGUGGAUACCUGGAUGAAGAAGAGCUUAAGUUUUUCCUCCAGAAGUUUGAGAGUGGUGCUAGAGAAUUGACUGAGUCAGAAACCAAGUCCUUGAUGGCUGCUGCGGAUAAUGAUGGCGAUGGAAAGAUUGGGGCUGAGGAAUUCCAGGAAAUGGUGCAUUCUUAAAGGCCCCAGUCUUUGGAGAAAAGAGAGAAAGGGAUAAUCAGUUGGAAGGCCUCCAAAGCCCUGGGAAUGGAGAACCCCACGUCCUGCCCUGAUCUUAUUUAUAAUCUUCCCUGAAAAGCUUCUGCAAUUUGCUCAUUGUUUUAGCAAGGU